AGCGAACCAAUUUAGGGUAUACACUUUGGGGAGGCGAUCAAUUUUUUUUCAUAGAAUCAAUUUUUCUGAGUAUUCAGGAAUAUUUAGCUUGCUUUGCCUAGAAUAUUUUUAAAGUGAAAGAAUUUUCAAAUAUGCGACAUCGCAACUCCUUAAACUUUUUGAAUUAGAUCAGUUUCCAAAAAAUUAGACAUACGGCUGCGACUGAUCGUUUAUUCCUCAUAUAAAAAAUUAAGUAUCUUCGCUAAAGAUUUUAUGAUGAGUAAAACUUGGCUAGAUUCCCUUUCUUAGCAUACAACCAAAAUCAAAAUUAUUUUUAAUGAUAAUCACAGAAAAGAGCCCGUGAAUCCGUAGGAUAAGCAUUACUUGUGUUUAAAUAUGUCUAACUAUUGCAUAACAUGCGACUUCCUGACGGAAAGAUUUACUAGUGAGUUACUAUUUAAACACUACACGACAAAGAAUAUAAAGGAUUCCACUAAGAUCGAUUAUUUCGUAGGAAAUCAUUUAAGACGGCGUUUUUUUAAUUCUAUAUCAAUGAGAUUCAGAAUAUAUAAGGCACAGUUUUAGUACAAACUUCAAUUCUAAUGUUUUUUUUGGUUAAUCAUCCUUUGUUGUUUACUGAAUGUCUUAUAACAGAUUAAAAAUUCUUCUAAACAUUAAAGUUGAUUGAAUAUGCUACACAAUCGUCAAUAUUGACAUUUGUAGUUAUAAACAUGCGUUUUCUCGAAUUUCUAACAAAUGUUUUAUUUAAUUGAAAUCAGGAUUUUCAACGAGAUUUUUAUAUGAGUUCUGUGCUUCUCCAAAACAUCUACACGAACACGUAAAAGAAACAAAACAAGAAAACAGAUGAUUUCUGGACUUGUUCUCGGUUGUGACUUCUAAAAGAGCUUUCUAGUGUUCUGUAUUAAAAUACGUAACUUAUUUUGUUUUAAUUGAUGUUAAUUUCUUAUUUAUGCUUUAGGACUUUCGUAUCGUGGUUGGGCACUACGACAUGUUACAGAAGGUUUUAAAACACUGAAUUUCAUUCUAGAACGGUUUUUAUAUGCUAUGGAAUCUCAAUCAGUUGGUAAUGAUUCGCCCAUUUGUUGA